CCUUAAUGCCACGGGUGUCCCGUCUGUAUUUCCUGAACUCUUCACCUAUUUCAAUUUGAGCCUUCACGACAACGAGUCCGCCAAUUUGUUAGCAUGUCUUCCUGCCGCCUUCACUUUCAUUGAGACAGCUCUUGAAGAAGGAACUGGGGUGCUGGUCCACUGCUCAGGGGGUCGGUCCCGUUCUGCGUCGCUCGUAAUAGCCUACUUAAUGUCUAAGCUAAAGCUUACCUUCGAGGACGCAUUUGCACGUGUACGUGCUGCACGUCCUGUCAUUCAACUGAACCAAGGGUUUGAAAUGCAGCUUCAAGCCUAUGAAGAUCAGGCAUGCGAUGUCUACCGAGCUCAUCAGCAAGUGCUUCGAAUCCGUUUACACUCGUUCGCCGAACUACGUCGUCAAGGAUCAACGCGCGUAUCCACGAAGGAAGCAGACAAGCAAAACGUCUCUUAUAAUCAAUCGGCUACCUGGGAAACCUAUUCUUUUCACAGCCCAGAGCAGGAGAGGCAGAAAGAUCAGCGACAGCCUCAUCCAGG